AUGGUAAGCACCCUAAGCUCAACUACAGACGGUGAUGGGAGUCAAAGGGACAGUUCUGAGAAUAAUGAGCCAUCACUGCAAGAGAAAACAUUUGACGACUCCAUUGCUGUGAGUAUCCCUGAUGGAGAUGAGGACACCAUUUUCUCUUGGCGUAAACUAUGGGCCUUUACUGGUCCUGGAUUCUUGAUGAGCAUUGCAUAUCUGGACCCAGGAAACAUUGAAAGUGACUUGCAAGCUGGUGCACAAGCGGAAUAUCGUCUCCUUUGGGUUCUUCUUGUUUCUCAUUUCAUCGGAAUGUUACUGCAAAGAAUGUCUGCUAGACUCGGCGUAGUGAGCAACAAGCAUAUGGCGGAGAUUGCUUAUGACUACUAUCCUGUCAUCCCCCGACUAUGUCUCUGGCUGAUGAUUGAAGUUGCAAUUGUAUGUAGCGAUGUGCAAGAGGUUAUCGGAACCGCCAUUGCUAUAUAUUUGUUAUCCAAAGGACGGAUACCAUUGCUUGUUGGAGUUCUGAUAACUAUUCUGGAUACGUUCACUUUUUUGUUGAUUGAUAGGUAUGGUGUCCGGAAACUGGAGCUAGUUUUUGUAGUUUUGAUAUCUACAAUGAUGGCCACUUUUGGAUAUGAGUUUAUUGUGAUGAAACCUGAUAUCGGGGAAGUUGCAAAAGGAACGGUCAUUCCUUGGUGUAGCGGUUGUGGGAAAGAAGAGAUAACAACAGCAAUUUCCAUCUUUGGAGCAGUGAUAAUGCCUCAUAACUUUUAUUUGCAUUCUGCAUUAGUGAAAUCAAGAAAAAUAGACCGUACAAACGAAAAACGGAUUGCCGAAGCAAACAAAUAUUUUUCAAUCGAAUCAGCGUUUGCAUUGUGCGUCAGUUUUUUCAUAAAUCUAUUUGUUCUUUCUGUUUUUGCACGUGGACUUUAUCAGAAAACAAAUCAAGAUGUUAGUUCGAUGUGUCUGGCGCAUAAUGAUAUCCCGGAUUCUGACGUUUUCCCAAAUAAUACAGAACUGGUUACUGUAGAUCUGUAUCAAGGUGGAAUCUAUCUCGGAUGUCAAUUUGGUUUCUUUGCCAUGUUCAUCUGGGCUAUUGGAAUAUUUGCCGCUGGACAAUCUUCAACAAUGACAGGAACUUACACUGGACAACCAACUCAAAUACUUUCAAUAAUCUGUGGAGUUGUCAUAAUUGCUGUCAACAUUUAUUUCAUCACUCAGACUGUUGAACAGUAUUUGGGUAGCAAGUGGUACAUAUUUGUUAUCAUGACACCUGUUACCAUAUUGUAUCUUGGAUUCAUAACUUAUCUGACUAUUUAUUGUCUGGUGGCAUGCGAAAUGAUUGACGCUACUGUGAGAAUUCCCGGAUUCGACUUUCGACGAAAAUUGAAAAUUGAUGCACCGUGGAUCAAGAACAAAGUUCCGAGAGUGAACGAAGGCUAUGCUUAA